AUGGAGCGGGAGAGCGCGGUGUGGCGCGGGGCGGGCGGGCGUCUGCCGCUGGCCGUGUCUGGAGGCUCUGAGAGCGGGCAGUUCCUCUGGGUGCGGCCGCUGAGCUCAUCUUCACCCCCGGAGCUGCUGCUGGAGCUGCAGGGUCUGCGGGUCUCCGGUUUGCCGCUGUACGCGCUGCUGGAGCUGCUGGAGAUCUGCGGGGACCCGCUGCGCAUCCGCACCGCCACCGCCCGAGGCAGGCUGAAGAAGGGCUUGAGGUAUUACCUGAGUCUGCGUUUCCAGAAACACUCAGUGGAUCAUCAGCUGCAGGAGACCAUCAGAGACAACCUGUACAGAUACAGCACACCCUGUGAGACACACACACACCUCCUCUGCAGAGCUCGGACACUUUUCUCCAUUGACACAAAGGAAGGAUUAGCGGCUGAUGGUGCACGGCCGUGUGCAGUGGCUGGAAGCAGCGCGCUCCUGACAUCCAGGCAACUUAUCAAGCGUAAUGAUGUCUGCGGUGUGACCCGAGCACUGAAGCUGACAGGUUUCUGCCCCGGUCCUGCACCGCCUGCUCUGGCCCACAGGGGGAGCCGCUCUCCUGAGCCCAUCCAUGCUACGCUAGCAUUUGUAGUCUUCUGCUAG